UCCUCCAUUAAAUCUAAAUAAAAACACACCACAUCUCCCUCUCAUACCGUUGAGUGAUUUGCUAAUAGAAAACACUUCAAUAGACAAUGGCGCACAACCUCGCCGUCACAUUGUUCAUUCUAGCGGUCUAUGUUGUCGUGAUGGCAACACCAGUUGUUAAUGCGACCAAAUCUUCAGCGAGCACAGCAACCAAGGAGCAAGAAGCAACCAAAGAAGGGGAUGCAGCCACCAAUGCGCCUGAAGCCGCCACCAAGAGAUCUGCCAAGGACCACAAAGCAGACGCUAAGGUGGAUGCCCCAACUAAGGCACCCGAUACAGCCACCGAAGGGUCUUCCAAGGACCACAAAGCAGAAGCUAAGGGGGAUGCGCCCGCCAAGGCGCUUGGGGCAUCCACCAAGGGGUCUGCCAAGGUCCCCAAAGCAAAGGCUAAAGGGGCUACUGCAGAAGGACCUGGAGCACCCAUGUCAUGGCCGGAUGGGGGACCUGAGUUCGUCGAAAUGGUCAUCAAGAACCCCUUCUUGAAAACCACACCGCCAGCAAAUGAUGGCCUCCCCAUUGACCCAACUCCAGAAGGGAUAAGAAAGAUUUGAGGGGUGAUACUUUGAUCUACCAAAUCUCUCCAUUGCAGAACAGAAUUGGUGGCGAUUUAGAGCGUCUUCAAUCUUGUUGGCUUUCACCUCUUAUAUUUUCAUAUUUAUAAUGGAUGGCUUGCUUGUCAUUGCCUAUGUUUUUUCCCCACAAGAGGUUCCCAAGCAUCCUUGCGUCGGUUUGCAAGGGAUCUGGAGACUGGAUUGUAACUUUUUCUUUUCUCAAGGUCCUUUGCGUAGUUUGGCUGGCACAGUUGCUCCUGUAUCCUUACAGUAUGUCUCUUAUUUGUACCCGUACUUGUACGUUUUCCUUAUCUAGAAAUACAGAUACAUGCUUAAAAAAAUGUCACACGAAAUAUAUGGGUUGUAUGUCAACAUUAUAUUUUUCUCAUUUUGAAAUAUAUAACGUAUAUGA